GAACUUCUAGAUAUAUAAAUUCUAUGGACAACUAAUAUUUACACUGACAAAUUCUGAAAAUUUUGUUAUUCAAUAUAUUACGUAUUUAAGUAAAAACGUGUGUGUUUGAUAAAUGUGGAAUAUUAUAGCUGAAAAAUAGCGUAUAAAUAUUGAAAAAACACAAUAUGAGUAAUAAAAAUGCUCGCGAAACAACGCCAGGUGAUGGUUUACGAUCAUUACGAAGCACUUCAUUAUUUCGCGCUAUCAAUUUCGAGUUGUACAUCAAGCCGAACAAAACUGUUAUGAUUCUCGGUAUCGUAGCAAUGUUGGGUUGUUCAGGGUAUAUAUUUUACAUGAAUUCCGGUCAAAGGAAAAACGAUUACCAAGCUAUGAUGAAAUCGGACGAUACAGUAGUAUUAGUAAGAAAAACUUCUAAAUGGACCGACUGAAUAAGAACGAUAUAUUAUAUAUGAUACUUUCUAUAGUCUAACUAAUAUUUAUUCAAUUUUUAAUAAUAUAUAUAUUAUCGACUAUGUAUAUACAUGUUUAUAUAGAUUUAUAAAGAGUUUGGAACAAUAACAUACUGAAUCACACGAGAAACAUUCAAGCGAGUCCUUUUAUUUUAUUUAAAAAUUUAUGAUAUACUAAUCAAAACUCUUAUAAAAAUUAAUUAAAUUACUGCAAAAAAAAUCUAUUGAAUUUUUCGAUUGCCUUUUCCAGCUUUUUUCUUGUCAAAAAUUGGCUUAAAGAUUCCAUGCUAUUGCCUCUAGUGCUUUGCAUAUAACAUUAUGAUACUCUAUUAUAAAUAUUCGAAUACACAACUCAUAUAUUAUUAAUAUUUAUUAUCAAUAACAAUUACAUAUCAAUAAAUCAAUAAAAAAAUUGAUUUAAUUUUUAUAUUUUAAAAAUGCCUUUGUAACUAAAUGCAUUCUACAUUUUUUUUUUCUAUAAUAUGCCAUUAAUCUGUAAUUGUUACAAAUAU